UAAUGAUUAAUAAUGAAAUUCUCAUUCACGAUUAUGAGAUUCAAGCCUGGCUUAAAAUGGAAAGUCCUAACGGCCUGCAAAUUCUGUUGGAGAAAAGUAGUCACAGACUCUGUUCGCAACAAUCUUUGCCUGAAAACUUUUUUUUUUUUUUUUGAUCGAGAAAAGCUUCAAUUUUUAUAUGAAUGUCUUCACACUAUUUGAAAAUGUACUUAAAAAUCGUAAAACUAAGUUAUGAGAAGUUUACGAGUUUCUCUUGCAUUGAAACCAAUUCGGUUUUUGUCCUGCAUACUCUACAAUUCCAAAUCCUAUUCCUCAUCUUCCGACCACUUGUCAGGCGGAGACACGGCUGCGACACUUUCCAAUGCUCUUGCCCUCGCCGCAAAGUUGAAGUCGUGUGUUUUCGGCACCCAAAUCCAUGGCCGUAUCGUCAAGUUGGGAUUUUCAAACGACACUUUCUCACAGAACAAUCUGGUCAAAAUGUACUCAGAGUCUGGAGUUCUGGGUGAUGGGUUUAAGGUGUUUGACGAAAUGCCUGAAAGAAACCUUGUUUCUUGGACUCUGGUUAUUUCGGGUGCAGUGAAAAAUGGUUUGAGUGAAAUGGCCCUGGAGGUGUAUUUGGACAUGGCAAGAACUGGGUGGACUCCGAAUGAGUUUGCCGUAGGCAGUGUUGCGAAGGUGUGUACUAGUAUGGGGGCUGAUGUGUUGGGGAUGUGUGUACACUGUUUUGCUCUGAAAGUUGGAAUGGAGAAGAACCCAUUUGUUGUCUGUUCGAUUCUGCACAUGUAUGCUAAGUUUGGUGUCAUUGAAUCGGCCGAGAGGGUAUUUGAGGGUAUGGAUAGUCAUGAUGUUGGUUGUUGGAAUGCUAUGGUUGGAGGAUAUGCACUUCGCGGCCUUGGAUUUAAAGCCAUGAGCACUCUAUCUUUGAUGCACAGUAAAGGAGUACUUAUGGACAAAUUUACCUUUAUUAAUGCUCUCAGAGGGUGCAUAAUUAUAGGUGAUCUGGAUUGUGGAAGACAGAUUCAUGGAUUGAUUGUUCAGAGUGAGAUGGAACCGAGUACUUCAGUGAUGAAUGCUCUCAUGGAUAUGUACUUUAAAAAUGCCGAGAAGGGUUCGGCUUUCAAGCUUUUCAAUGCAAUGCAAGAGAGAGAUGUUGUCUCUUGGAAUACUGUAUUUUCAGGUUCUUCUCAAGAUGUGGAUACAAAAGAAGUUGCAAGCUUGUUCAAUAGUUUGAUGUUCACAAGCUUGAAGCCCAAUCAUCUUACUUUCUCAAUCUUGUUUAGGCUAUGUGGGGACGUCCUUGAUCUUCAUCUUGGUCUUCAGUUCUUUUCUCUUGCGUGUCAUUUUGGAUUUUAUGAUGAAUCCCAUGUUUCAAGUUCACUAAUUAAUAUGUUCUCUAGAUGUGGAGUAAUCAAGAUGGCACGUUUGGUGUUUGAUAGUUUACCUUUUAAAUACAUAAACAAUUGGAAUGAAAUAAUUUCUGGGUACAAUUUGAGUUGUGAUGCUGAAGCGCUUCAGGUUUUCUGUCAAUUUUGGAAUUUGGGAUUUGAAGCAAAUGAGUGUACCUUCUCUUGUGCUCUGGAAUCUUGUUUUAAGACCGAAAAUCUACAAAUAAGCAAACAAAUCCAUGGGAUUAUAGUCAAAUAUGGUUUUGCCUCCCAUAGUUAUGUUUGUAGCUCCUUAAUUAAAGGAUAUGUCAAAUUUGGGUUUCCAGAUGAUGUAUUUAAAUGUUUGUUUGAGCUUGAGAAAAUAGAUAUGGUAUCAUGGAGUACUGUGAUUUCAGCGUUUGCGCAUCGAGGUUGUGUCGCUGAAGCCAUAAAAUUUCUAAAUUGUCUAAAAGAAGAUGGUGGAGAACCUGAUGAUUUUAUUCUUGCCAGCAUUUUAAAUGGUUGCGCUGGAAUUGCAUCUCAACACCAAACUAAAUCUGUUCAUUCACUAAUUAUCAAAACAGGAUACAAGGCGAAUUUAUUUGUUGCCAGUGCAGUUAUAGAUGCUUAUGCUAAAUUUGGGGAUAUUAGAAGUGCACGGAUGGCUUUUGAUCAAUCAUCUAAAUUCGGUGAUGUGGUUCUGUGCAAUACUAUGAUCAUGGCUUAUGCCCAUCAUGGUCUCAUUUCGGAAGCUAUGGAGCUCUUUGAGAAAAUGAAGUUGGCUAAUCUAAAGCCCAGCCAAGCCACAUUUGUGUCACUUAUAUCAGCCUGUAGUCAUAUGGGUCUUGUUGAUCACGGCCGUCUUUUGUUCAAAUCAAUGACCUCAGAUUAUGGAAUCGAACCUUUACCAGGUAAUUAUGGUUGCUUUGUUGAUUUGUUGUCAAGAAAUGGUUUCCUCCAAGAUGCUAAAAAUAUAAUUGAGGCAAUGCCAUUUGAACCUUGGCCGGCAAUUUGGAGAUCCUUGCUUAAUGGUUGUAGAAUACAUGGGGACAGAGAGUUGGGAGAAUGGGCUGCUAGGAAGUUAUUUCAGUUAGUUCCUGAAAAUGAUGCACCUUAUGUCUUGUUGUCAAAGGUUUAUUCAGAAGAUGGUAAUUGGGAAGAAGCUGCAAAGGUGAGGAAAGAAAUGAUGGAAAGAGGAAUUCGGAAGAACUCUGGUUGUAGUUGGGUUGAGAUAUAGUACAAGGUCCAUGUGUUUGGAUGUAGAAACUCUCAACUGAGUAAGUUUCAGAAGAACUGCUUGAACGUUGGUAAUGCUGAUUUAUUCAUUUUUUUCACCAUUAGUUCUUGGAUGGCAAUUCAUGAGUUGCUGUAGGCUAUUCUAAUUUACAUUGUCAACAUAUGAAUGUCGCUGGAGAAGUGAAGUGCACGUGUGGUGCCAUGAUAGGGAUUUCAAAGUAGAGCAGAGAAUUUUCAUUUUACAGAUCCAUGGAAAGAGAUGUGGUUCAAAUCGAUGAAGGAAAGAGAAGCGAAUAAAAUAAAAGUGGUUUUUGGGCCAAAAGUUCUUGAGUCAAUUUGAUGAAGGUUAGGAGAAUAGACAAUGUGUAAUUCCCUAUUGGAAUUGUGCCAUAGUUUGUAAAAUAGAAAAAAAGGCACGACUCCUGAAAAUGUUUAAUUUAAAAAUUUUCGUAGUGUCCCAUUUCAAAAUGACAAAGCUCUGAUUUUUCUGUAAAAGAGUGGAUGAGGCUGAGAAAUUGCGAGUUAUGGUAGGUUUUUUUUUAUGGAAGGACUGUUUAUGUAUGUUGGUGAUGUAGCAAUGGAAACCAGAGACUUGUAUGUAUUUUAUGGUGAUAGCAUUGUAUGGGAGCUGUUUUAUGUAGAAAAUUUACCCUUUUUGUUACUGGAAACUGGAGGUUUUUAUUGUAAC